GACGUCGACCUACUGGACUCGUGAGUUCCACAUGGGCCCGCAGUCAUAGUCACGUUUUGUCGCGUGCUCUGCUAGGGCUGUAGUAGGCACUGCCAGUUCAUGUAAUCGCUAUCGUUGGUGUUCUGGCACGCAAAAUCAUUGCGUAACAUUUCGAAGCACUUUACUUAUCGUUGCUAGCCCACUGUUACUGUGGGUUUCGCUCCUGACGACCAGAAAGCGGAGCGCUUGGGGCCGACAUUAGGCCUACGAGCAUUAGAUACAGUCGGUGCGAACCGGUUACAUUGAAGUAUUUAUAUUUUAAUUUAAUUAAGCAUGGCUUCCACUGGAUAUAACUUAGAGGAGUCCAACGCCGAUAGGAAUGUGGAAAUCUGGAAGAUCAAGAAACUGAUCAAGAGCUUGGAGGCCGCACGGGGCAAUGGCACGAGUAUGAUCUCAUUGAUCAUCCCACCGAAGGACCAGAUCUCCCGAGUGUCUAAAAUGUUGGCCGACGAGUUCGGAACGGCUUCCAACAUCAAGAGCCGGGUGAACCGGCUGUCAGUUCUUGGGGCUAUCACGUCUGUGCAGCACCGGCUCAAGCUCUACACGAAAGUGCCACCGAAUGGAUUAGUCAUCUACUGUGGCACGAUCGUAACCGAGGAAGGCAAAGAGAAAAAGGUGAACAUCGACUUCGAGCCGUUCAAGCCAAUUAACACGUCACUGUACCUGUGCGACAAUAAGUUCCACACAGAGGCCCUGUCCGCUUUGCUUGCCGAUGACAACAAAUUCGGCUUCAUUGUGAUGGACGGCAACGGAGCCCUCUUCGGCACCCUUCAAGGCAACACACGCGAAGUGCUUCACAAGUUCACGGUAGAUUUACCGAAGAAGCACGGACGUGGAGGUCAGUCUGCAUUGCGAUUUGCUCGGCUACGUAUGGAGAAGAGGCACAAUUAUGUGCGCAAGGUAGCCGAAGUGGCCACCACACUUUACAUAAGCAAUGAUAGGCCAAACAUUGCGGGCCUCAUUUUGGCAGGUUCUGCCGACUUUAAGACCGAGCUGAGCCAGUCAGAUAUGUUUGACCCAAGGCUGCAGGUUAAGGUGCUCAAGCUGGUUGAUGUAUCAUAUGGUGGUGAAAAUGGCUUCAACCAGGCCAUAGAGCUGUCUGCUGAGGUGCUGUCCAAUGUAAAGUUCAUUCAGGAGAAGAAACUUAUUGGCCGCUACUUCGAUGAAAUUUCUCAGGACACUGGCAAAUAUUGCUUUGGUGUAGAAGACACACUGAAAGCUCUUGAGAUGGGUUCUGUUGAAAUCCUGAUUGCGUGGGAAAAUCUUGACAUUGUACGCUAUGUGCUGAAGAACCACACAAGUGAUGAAGAGAAGAUACUGCACCUGACCCCUGAGCAAGAGAAAGACAAGAGCCACUUUCUGGAUCGAGAGACAGGUGUUGAACUGGAGCUGGUGGAGUCAAUGGCACUGCUAGAAUGGCUGGCGAAUAACUACAAGAAUUUUGGUGCCACGCUAGAGAUCAUCACAGAUAAGUCUCAGGAGGGCUCGCAGUUUGUCAAGGGUUUUGGUGGCAUAGGAGGCAUCCUGCGCUACCGUGUGGACUUCCAGUCUCUCGAGGUGAAUGACCUUGUGGAUGACUUUGAUUUAGAUGACCUGUAAACGUCCAGUUAGCUCCUUCGGCACUUUGAUUAGUGGCUGCUGUGCACACGGAGCUGUCGACUAUUAUAACGCACACUUGGCCAACCCGCCUGGCCUUCCACCUGUCCUGGGCGUGCUGUACAGUGUUCUACAAGGGGGAGCAGCAUUAAAGAAGUUGGGGACGACUUCUACCUCUUGCUGCCCUCCCCACUUUCUUCAGGCCAGACAGCAUGUGUGCCCUGCGCCCUUCGUUUGAAGACUGCUUGUGAUGGGGAGGGAAUUCCUAGUGAAUUGCUAUCGAAGCAGUGCUGCUGCUGCCUUUCCUGCACAAGUUGACUUAUUUGUCACUUCGAAGUGUAGUUGUGGGUAUGGGAUGAACAAGUUGUGUGCCUUUUGGCAGUGAGGCAAGCGGUAAACUAAGAUGCCCAUGCCAGGAACUGUAUGAAAUUACAGUAGAAUUUGUAUUUUUACAAAUGGUCUGAAUGAAUGCGAAUGAAUUUUUUUUAUUUAAACGAUGGUGUGUGGCUGUGUGUGUACAAUGGUUCUAAAUUCCUCCAGGCUUGUGGCUGUGGUUAUUGCAAUCAUAUUCUUAGGCACUCAUUUUAUUGACAAUACCAUUGUUAGCAAGAACGUAUUUCCAAGUGGACAGGGUACGCACAUACAUUGUAUGAUCCUGGGAGCUAUGCAAGAUUCUUAUGCUGCAGUUUCUCUCUCUCUCUCUCUCUCUCUCUGGCAGCCUAAUUCAGUGCAGUGCUUGUUAAAUCUUCUCGCCCUGCUUUUUUUUCAUUUUUUCGCCUCGGAGGUGGUGUUGGUUUUGCAGAUGAUCGUCUGAAAUGUUGUGUGUGCAUGUGGCAUAGGAUAUGAAUACCCCGGACCUGGCUGUGCUCGUGCAGUUAUUUGUUUUGUGCAUGGUGCUGAAGAAACUGGGACUGUAAAGAAAUGAAGAAUGUAUUGACUACAAAUGGCAUCAGAGGUGCAUGUAGAUUGAAUGCCUGCAGAUGAUGACACUCAGUGACGCAUCAGUGGCGUUUACAGGCAACUUAUUGUUGCAGGAAAAUUUUGUUCAAUUAAAGUUGGGGAGAACAAGUACCAAGUCUCUCUCUCUCUUUCUUAAACACUACUAUCUGCAUGCUUUUGAUGAUUGGCCUCUUUAGCUGAAGGAAGUGUAGGAGAAUUGGUACAUUUUGCCACUCCUAGUCCGCAAUGUUCUGAACAACUUGCUAUGAAGGCAGGCAGAAGAAAUUUUCUACACCUUCUGCAUGCCUUCAGUGCAGGUGCAGUAAAUGACUGUUAUACACGUGGCUGGUCGAAAAAAUUUGGCAAUGCUUUAGAAGUGUAUUUUCAAGCAAGCAGGAAGAAAAUACCUGCUGUACAUUUCCCAUGGUAGAGCUUCAUUAAUUUUCUGGAUGUUUUGAGCGAGGUAGCAGUGUAAGGAACGCUCGUUCAUUGCAGUGAAUAAUUUUUAUUCUUGGUGCAGUGCCCAACUUGUUUUUAAUGAAUAACCUGCAUACUUCAUGGUGCCUCUGUUGAACUGUUGUCUUGUUAUGAUGUGCCCUUAACUCAUUAGCGCCAAGUGUACUUCUGAAAGUACAUCAUUUUCAUUUGUAGAUAAUUAAAGAAACAUUCUGUUUUAGUUAGUAUGCCAUUUUGCUAAGGGUCAUGCCAAAAUGACCACAUUGUUUUUUCUCGGCUGUAUAAUUUCUCUGAUCUUAUAAUCGUCAAAAUUAGAGAAGUGCUGAACUUGGCAAGUAAUGCCGUGCAUGCAGCUCAUUUUUAUCAUGCUUAGUACUUGCUUUUGAAGCCAAUAUUUGUGUGCAAGUCUUGGAAAAGAAUGUUGUAAAUGAUGAAUGCAUGAGAUUGCAUAUACAAAGCAUCUUUAUAGCUUCACAAGAAAAUGCAAGUGUACUUUAUAAUAAAGUAUGCUGGGCCUAUGACUAUGCUAGUAAGGUUUGUUUGCUCUCAAAGCAUGUUUGAUAGUUUUUUACCUGUAUUCAGGCAAAAUAUUUGUUGCUGGCUGCCAAAAAGCUUCACAGGAGGUUGCAGGUAUAAAGAGCUUUCAGUAAGGCUUCGACUGGGGCUAGUUUAUAGUGACAUGGUUCUGUUCACUGCGCUAUACAGUAUAGUGCAGUGAACAGAACUGUAUAAAGAGAACAACAAAUGCAUCAACAUUGGUAUUUCUGCUCCCAGUUUCUUUCCAUCCACAAAAAUGGCACAAUCUUGUCUUCACUUCCAAUAAAUAGCAAACUGUGUUGGACUAAAUUUUAAGGGUGUGCAAAUAUUCGAAACUUUCUAAUAACGAGUUGAAUAGUGUCCUAUUUGAUUUGGUCUUUGAAUCAAACGAUCUCUACAUGUGAAUAUUAAUACUUUUGAAUAUUUCAAAGUGUCACCUGCAGCCAGUCAAACAAAAUUGGAGCAUAAGUAUGAUACAUUUUCACCCCUGCAAGCAUAGUUGGAAAAGUAUGGGAGAGGCCUUUGCCCUGCAGUGGGCAUAACCAGGCUGAUGAUGAUGAUGACGAAGCAUAGUACAUAAAUAUAAUUUAACGGAGUGGAGCAGGCUACGUUGCUCGGGUAGCCAUAUUUUACAGCCUAUACAGCAAUCAUUCGCGCUGUCUCAAGAGUGCAUGCGAAGAAACUACUUGUUUACCUCUAAUGCUCCAUUUGUCCUUUUAAUAAACAGUGCUUCGUAACCUACUAUGUAAUGAAACAAAAUUUCAAACUUUAGAACACUAGGAUGUGAACAUUGUUUUAUAGUAAUUGUGAUAACUACUGUUAAUUAUUGAAAAAAGAAAUUCACUGUUGAUUACAAUACUCCCUAAUGCGAAAUUUGAGUGCAGCUCUAUAAGUGUUUUCAUUUCGCAAUAUAUUGAGGCAAAGAAUUUCAGAGAGACAUGUAGCAGAGGUUGUGAUCGUCGAAAAUCUGAUCUACGGGUCAAGCGCAUCGGUUUUUAUACAUGACUUGUUGAAGGUUCCAGUGCAAUCGCUGGUGCUGCAUGGCUUGCAAAAAGCAUUACACAAUUCGCAUUGCGCAUACAAUCAGAUAACAAAACAGUUGCAAACCAUGACAGUCGACAAGUGCAAACGAGACGAAACCAAAGAUGCGCGAGCGAGAGCUGACGUGAGCAGACAGUUGUACGAAACAAGCGGUUGCAUGGGUUCACAUGACACCAGUUUCCCGCACGUGUGUCACUGAAGGGGCUGCUCUCAUUGGCCUUCGCCGCUUACGGGAGUCUUUCAUAUCCCGCUCUGCAUUUGCGCUUUCAUCUUUCGCUGUGCCCGUUCAGUCGGUUAGGCUGCUGACGCGUGCCACAGGAAUGGGUGCCUAAGAGCUGCGCUCUAAAAUAACCCGCUAUAGUAGCAUAGUGGGUAUGGUGCUGUGCUACUAAGUCGAGGGCACAGGAUCGAAUCCCAGCUGUGGCAGUUGCAUUUUGACGGGGGUGACUGCAAAAAUGCCCCUGUACUGUGCACAUUAAAGAACCCCGUGUGGGAAAAAUUAAUCCGGAGACCCUCACUAUGGCAUGCCUCAUAACCAAAUUGUGGCUUUGGCAUGUAGAACCCCAGAAUGUAAAUUUUUUUAAUAAAGAAAAAAUAUUCAACUUGA